ACGCAUCACUCGAUGCCUGGGCGUUUAUUUUGAAAUCCGUUAGCAAGGCAAGCUGACUCUCUGUUCUCGUCUUCACAGCAGCACACCUCGAAACUUCUUAAACACUUUAAUUAUUUAUGUAUUUACACCCAAAGCUCUAACCAUGAUGCAGUUCAUCGUUGGCUUCACUUUGGGGAAUGUAGUUGGGAUGUACCUCGCACAGAACUAUGAGGUCCCGAACAUUGCAAAGAAAAUCGAGGCCUUCAAAAAAGACGUGGAAGCGAAGAAAAAGCCUCCGGAGUGAAGUUGAUGAAUCGUCAAUCUAUUUAUUAUGAGUAGUACACCCAGAUGAUAUUGACGACAGUUUGUUGAAAUAGUCAUUUAAAAAAAAAAAAUUUAAAAACAAAAAAAACAUUUCAACACAAAUAUGAUCUAAAGAUUUUCCAUCAACGUUAACUAAAACUAAGUUAGCGCUGAAAUUUUUUAUACAUAUACACUGAUGUUUGUUAAAGUGCUGGAUUUGUUCUCCUGGAUAUUUGUUCCAUUACAUGCACGUCGAUCGAUCUGUUCAGCUUAAAGCAUUUACGGAUAAUGUGUAUAAAAGUGGAACACGUGCUCCCUGAAAGUUCUUUCAGUCUCUGAAUAAACUUUGGGUCCAUUUGAACAAGUUUUAGGUGUAGGAAAGUGUAAGUGCACUUUAUAUACCUGCUAAAAGGCUUGAAAAGUUAACAUUCUAGACAAGAUGUUUUAAAAGUGAAGUGCUAUACAUUAAAGAAUGGUCAUGAACUCGUAUAGUUCGUUAGCUUUAUGAAAUAUAUUUUAAAAAGCACUUCUGGUGAGAUUGGGUAGAUAAACAGUGUUAAUAUUUUUCAGCUGUUAGCACAAUUGCGAGCUGUAAAUUGUAGUCGAUAAAUACACCAGUUCUGGGAAAUGAA